UCUAGAUUCAAUGGCUUUAAUUCAUUACUACAAUGUUGACAUAUUCUAAUAGUUACCAUAGUAACAAAAUAAUUUGUAAACAAAUAUGGUCACGAAUAUCAAAAUUCAAGAGGACAUCGCGUUCUGUUCAUAAAAAAGAAAAUGCAUACGAAGGGUCGAUCUUUUUCAAUUGUAAUUCAGAUCUUGAGGUAUUCAAAUCUUGUGUUUACAAGGUAGGUCGCAUUCGAUGCCAGGACGAUGACCGAUCAUCUGGAUAGGGACCUUCAUCCCGUGAAGGAGGACUCGUCGAUUGACACCUGCCAUUGCAGUAUAGAUCCUAGGGAGCGGCAUAUUGUGUGUAAACUCGAUCGCUACGAACUCGAGGACAGGUACCUGCGAUUACUGGAAGAGGUAAAUUCGCUUAAGAAACUAUCCAACAGCCAGGAGGAUAAGAUCAAAAGACUCGCCACCAAACUGAUGAGGUAUGGAGUGAAUCCUCGUACCUGCAUCGCCACUGUUGACGUUACCAAUGACCGCGAAAGACUUUUACAUUUGGAAAACGAAAAUUCCAAGCUCAAAAACCAAAUGUGUAUUCUUCGAAAUCAACUGAUGAAUAAUAAAAUUUUUGCGAGGUCGCCUCCUCGUGUUCGUAGACUCGGAUCUACAUCAGGCUUAAUUACUUGUCGGAGCGAAGGCAGUCGAUUGAAAACUCCCUCUUGUCAGUGCAUCAACAUUCGGUGUGGAAACGAUGAACACGAUAUUCAAAAUUAUUCACUUAAAAUGCAGGAAAUAGAGAAGGAGAAGAAAGAAAUGAUGUCGCGUAUCGGGGAUUUAGAGACCGAGCUUGCGACCUAUACAUCGGGGAAUCAACGUGAUAAGGUUGCAGAGAACAUUGAGUACAUCCGAAUUUGGCGUCAAAUGAAACGUCAGAACGAGAAACUCAUCGACUCGCAGAGCGCCAAUGAAAUAUUGAACGAGCAGAUCUGUCAGCUUAAGAGCCGGCUCGAAGAAAGCAACAAGAACAACGUGCAGGUAAAUGCGGCUCUCGAGGCUGAGAAGAUACAGGUUGCCCAGAUGGAUGAGAGCAUAUUAAAAGUCAAGAGCUCCGAGGUUGAUAUGCGCGAGAAAGACGAGAGGAUAAUUGAUUUGAUCAACGAGAUAAAGAUCCUACAACAGCAUAACAGUGAGCUUCUCGAUCUCAGUUCGAAAUUCGAUAAUGUUGAACAUGAGAAUGACGAAUUCAAGCGGAAGAUCGCACAACAGGCGUCCGAACAACUAAUCCUGAAGGAUAAUAUUAUCAAGGAAAAAGCCAAUGUGUUAGCUUUUAAAGCAGCGAAUGAGCAGUUGCUGUUUAAGCUUAAUGAAUUGCAAUCAAAUAUCGACUUAAUGAAUAUUGAAUUAACCUCACAAAAUAAAUGCAAGAUCAAUAGUAAAAAUGACAAACAAAGCAUAUUAAACAAGCAGGCUUUGAAUAUAAAUUCAGAAAAUCGUAAAAAAGAAUUUGUUGAUAGUAAAAUUACAGAGCCUGUUAAACAUGAAAAAGGUAUUCAAGCAGGUGAAGAAGAUCAUUUGAUAAACGAAUCAACGCAAACAGAACAUUUUUUAGAUAGUGCCAAAACGAACGAAAAAGCCUCCGAUGAUCAUGAUGAAUUGUACGAUGAAAAUAAAAUUCAAGUUCCGCGAAAUGGAAAUUUGUCUCGCAAAGGAAUGCUAAGAUUAUUAGACCAAGUGCAAAUAAAUACACCUCUAGAAUCUCAAAAUACAACUAGAAUAAGGCAUUCAGGAACAUCAGCAUUAUCUAAUAAAUCUCGAAAACAAGUAUCUAAACUUGAAACUUUGUUAUUCGGCGAUUCUUGUUUUUGA